UUGAAAGAGAGAGAGAAACAAGAAAUGGGCUCUGAAUCUCCAGUUAUCCUUCCGGUCAUCGAUUUCACCAGUCCGGCCCUGAAUCCGGGCACGUCGGAGUGGGAUUCGGUGAAAUCUCAAGUCCGUCGAGCUCUGGAAGAGUAUGGUUGCUUUGAGGCAAAGUUCAACAAAGUUCCUCCAGAGCUUAGAGAUGGAAUUUUUGGUGCACUAGAGGAGCUAUUUGACCUUCCAUUGGCAACCAAAAUGCGCAAUGUUUCUAAGAAGCCUUACCAUGGCUAUGUUGGACAAUACCCUCAAGUUCCUUUGUAUGAAAGCAUGGGAAUUGACGAUGCCAACGUCGCUGAAAAUGUGGAAAUUGCGACUCGAAGCUUGUGGCCUGAAGGAAACCAUGGUUUUAGUAAAACUAUACAAUCAUACUCGGAGCACGUAUCGGAAUUAGAUCAAAUGAUCAGAAAGAUGAUUGUGGAGAGCUUGGGUUUGGAGAAAUAUAUGGAUGAACACAUGAAUUCAACAAACUACCUCCUUAGGGUCAUGAAAUACAAAGGGCCACAAUGCAGUGACGCAAAGCUUGGGCUAAACUCCCACACUGACAAAAAUGUGGUGACUAUAUUGUUCCAGAAUCAGGUUGAAGGGUUAGAGGUGCAAACCAAAGAUGGAGAGUGGAUCGAUUACAAACCCUCGCCAGAUUCUUUCAUCGUCAUGAUCGGAGAUUCUCUCCAUGCGUGGGUAAAUGGUCGGUUGCAUUCGCCUUAUCAUCGUGUCAUGAUGACUGGAAACGCGACAAGGUACUCUGCCGGGUUGUUUUCGAUCCCGAAAGCCGGGUACAUUGUAAAAGCACCUGCAGAAGUUGUGGAUGAGGAACACCCCUUGCUUUUUAAGCCAUUUGAUCAUGUUGAGUUUCUUGCAUUCUACUAUUCCGAGGCUGGUCAAAGGGCUCCAUCUGCUCUCGAGGCUUACUGUGGUGUCUGAGAAUAAUCUGAAUCAUAUGUAUCCUAAAAUAGUAAUCUAAAUAUUUCCUCUUUGUGUGUAAAUGCGUGAAUGUUGUAAUAAGUGGUGUAUUUUGAAUUUA